AUGUCCGGCACAGCAGCGCUCAGCGGUGGAGUCACUUCAUUCAAUGCACGACAGUCCACAGUUAAUCUCCAUUCUCUGUCAGAUUCGCGCACAGUCCAGAUGGGACUGUUGAAGGUCGAGCCGGAAUAUUGGGAGAGGGAGACCCAGAUUGCUGUGAGGAACCAGCACGUGGCUGCCAGGAGCCUGGAGACAGCGCGGGAGUGGUACAACCAGAGUGGGGGUCUCCACACUCUACAGCGGCUUUAUGGCUGUGACCUCCUGUCCGACGGGAGCGUCCGUGGAUCCCGCCGGGAGGGCUACGACGGGCGGGAUUUCAUCUCCUUUGACCUGGAAUCCGGGAGAUUCAUGGCAGCCGACAACAUUGCUGAGAUCACCAGGAGGCGCUGGGAACAGGAAGGGACUGUGGCUGAGAGGUGGACGAAUUACCUGAAGCACGAAUGCCCGGAAUGCCUCCGGAAAUACGUCGGGUACGGGCAGAAGGAGCUGGAGCGCAAAGGUGGGAGCAGAAUUCCUGUGGGAAUUUGGGAUUUGGGAAUGGAGGACUUGGGAACACCGUAAUUACUGUGG